CCGCGAUUGAGGGUUGGGUUUUGGGAGGAAUGCGGGGCCGUCGAUGCGCCAGGAUGGAGCAAUGCGAGGCGGCAGCGCGGUUCUAGACACAAUUCGAGCUCGCGGCGCGGUAUUUUGAUCGCGCCCUGGCGAUCGCUGGCGCUCGCUACCAGGUGAUUUGCCGAGGUCUCGAAAUGCCGUAGCGGCGGCGGGGCGGCGGUGGAUCUGAUUGCUGUGCGGCCACGGCGAGCCGGGGCAAUGGCAAAUAUCGGGAUCUUGGUGCUGGCGCUGCUGCUUCGCGCCGUGAUUCGUGUCUAUGGCAACGCCGAAGGUGAUGCUCUCCACGAUUUGAAGAGCUCGCUCAUGGACCCGAGCAGUGUUCUCCAGAGCUGGGACUCGACGCUGGUGAAUCCCUGUACUUGGUUCCAUGUUACUUGCGACAAUGAUAAUUUCGUCACUAGAGUAGAUCUCGGUAAUGCAGCUCUGUCGGGAACGCUAGUUCCAUCACUUGGUCGUUUAAGCCACUUACAGUACUUGGAACUGUACAGUAAUAACAUCACUGGAGAAAUUCCACCUGAGCUAGGCAACUUAUCCAACCUGGUGAGCCUAGAUUUGUACCAGAACAAUUUUACAUCUUCGAUACCAGAUACAAUUGGGCGUCUGACUAAGCUUAGAUUCCUUCGUCUCAACAACAAUUCUCUGUCUGGGAGUAUUCCCAUGUCGCUUACAAAUAUAAACGGCUUGCAAGUACUUGAUCUUUCUAACAAUGAUCUAUCUGGGCCAGUUCCUACGAAUGGAUCCUUCUCCCUGUUCACUCCUAUCAGUUUCAACAAUAAUAGAGAUCUUUGUGGACAAGCAGUCAAUAAACGAUGUCCCAACGGCCCACCUUUGACUCCUGCACCUCAAUAUUUAGCACCGCCAUCUGGAGCAAACAAUGGGAGAACACAGUCAUCAAGCUCGUCAAACACUGGAGCUAUUGCUGGUGGAGUUGCUGCUGGCGCUGCUCUUCUUUUUGCUGCUCCGGCUAUUGGAUUUGCUUGGUGGAGAAGACGGAGGCCACCGGAAGCUUACUUUGACGUUCCUGCUGAAGAAGACCCCGAAGUUCAUUUAGGACAACUAAAAAGAUUCUCUCUGCGAGAACUGCAAGUGGCUACCGAUGGUUUUAGUAACAAAAACAUCCUUGGGAGAGGUGGUUUUGGCAAAGUGUACAAGGGGAGAUUGUCGGAUGGCUCACUAGUAGCCGUUAAAAGGCUUAAAGAAGAACGCAGUCCGGGUGGAGAGCUGCAAUUUCAAACAGAAGUGGAAAUGAUCAGUAUGGCUGUUCAUCGAAACCUUCUUCGCCUACGAGGUUUCUGCAUGACUCCCACCGAACGCUUACUUGUAUAUCCAUAUAUGGCGAAUGGAAGUGUAGCAUCUCGGCUAAGAGAACGAAAUCCAGGGGAGCCAUCACUUGAUUGGCCUACCCGAAAGCGCAUUGCUUUGGGAUCAGCAAGAGGCUUGUCUUACCUGCACGACCAUUGUGAUCCCAAAAUCAUCCAUCGCGAUGUAAAAGCGGCAAACAUCCUGCUAGACGAGGAAUACGAAGCAGUGGUUGGUGAUUUUGGACUGGCAAAGCUCAUGGAUUACAAAGACACGCACGUAACAACUGCCGUUCGUGGUACCAUUGGUCACAUCGCGCCAGAGUACUUGUCCACCGGCAAGUCGUCCGAGAAAACAGACGUCUUCGGGUACGGUAUCAUGCUUCUGGAGCUCAUCACCGGGCAAAGAGCCUUCGAUCUUGCACGAUUGGCGAAUGACGACGAUGUGAUGCUUCUCGACUGGGUGAAAGGACUUCUCCGGGAGAAAAAAGUCGUCCAGCUCGUCGAUUCCGAUCUUCACAACACGUACGACUUGGGUGAAGUCGAGGAACUCAUCCAGGUGGCUUUGCUCUGCACGCAAGUCUCUCCCAACGACAGGCCAAAGAUGGCAGACGUCGUCCGGAUGCUCGAAGGCGACGGCCUUGCCGAGCGAUGGGAAGAAUGGCAAAAGGUGGAGGUUGUCCGCAACCAAGAGAUGGAUUUCGUCCCCCAGAGAGCAUCAGACUGGAUCAUCGACUCCACGGACAAUCUUCACGCCGUGGAGCUGUCUGGGCCGAGAUAGCCACUUAGAGGAACCUUGUACGAGCUACUAUGGACUUCAGUAGAUCCAACCUCGUGUAUACAGAUUACUCCUCUCCCUUUUGCUUUCUUCGAAGCAAUGAUUUUGCUUAAUCAAAUCAGCUGGCUUGUAUGAUUUUCAAGAAGAGAAAUUUCGUUUCCCAAAGACUGGGAAGAAAGCAUCAAGGAUUUUUAUGUGCAUUGAUAAAGUGGAUUUAAUUUGUAUAAAGUUUAUCA